UCAUCAUCAUCAACAACAUCGGAUGAAUGAACAAAAUUCCAAUUUGAUUUGUAAAUCUGACAAUGAAAAUAUUCCUGAAAUUAAAAUUCCAGUACCGGUUAUUAAAGAAAUACCUGAAAUACGAAUUAUUCGAAUACCGUAUAAGGUUCAGGUAAAAAUACCGAUUUUUAUACCGAUCGAUGAAAAAGAAACACAACGUGACUAUUAUGAAGGUAAACAACCAUAUAAUGUUCGUGCUGAUUUUCAUUAAUAAACAAGCAA